AUGCGUUUUCCCCUUCACGCCUUGGCCUUGUUUGCCGGAGCCUUCCAUCUCUCGGCGGCUAUUGUUAUCUCUGUUCCCAAGUACCUCGACAAGUGCAUUGAUCUCCCUCGUUCCACGGACGACCUUAUCCAAGAGCUCGGCGUCGAUGGCUUUGCGGAUAGCGCGUUUAUGGCUGAGCACUGCGAAACUUUCAACGCGGAUCACUUCGACUCCAUUAACGCCACUCCAGACGCCAUUGCCGCUUUUGUCGAUCUACACAAGGUGAAUCCCAAGGGCGAGUACUACGACACAAUGAACUCGGUCUACCGCCAACUCUUCAUGGAGCUGAGGAAGCCGCUGCCGAAUCAGGAUCUGACCUUGGUCAGCCAGAAGUGGCAGGAAGUGGGAUCACUACGAGAUGAGGAAGUUGACCAAGUGCAGAUCCUGCUGGAUGAGGUUUCUGCGAUGAAGAAGACCUGGCUGGACUUCCAGGACGAUGUGUCGGGAGACGCAAGCGAAUUGUAUGCAGCAGUCACCACGCUCGAGAACUCAAAGAACAACGGCGCGGGCUGGGUGACGCCU